GUCGCUCGCCGACCCCCGUCCGCGAAGGUCCGGAGAGCCCGCGAGAGCUCGUUGCGCGUGCGCGCGACCCUCUGUACCGUAUUGGAGCCCUGUUAUAAAGCCUGCAGCAAAGCUCGGAAACAGUGUAGACUUUUUCUAAUUUUUUUUUUGUACUCGACACUGUGGGAGGCGGCGAGAUUUUUCUUUCUUUUGCUUCCGUCGAUAGCGGAGAAGGUGGAGAGGAACUUUGACAGUGCGCGAUUGAGGAUUGUAUCCCGAGAGGAGGACCGAAGAGAGAUUCCAUCAGGAAGAAUAACGGCGGCGCCCGAGGCCCGUCUUCGUCGCCGGGCAAUGACGCCGGUCAGGAGCACAUGGUCGCUGCUGGUGCUCCUCAUCCUGGUGUCCUCGCACGUGACAGAUACCCAGGCACGAUACCAUCACGUAAAGCUGCGCCACGACAGGCAUAGGAGACAGCAAGGCGAGAGUUACGCGCCGCCGAGCCAUGUGCUAGACAGCGAGGAGCCCGAGAGGGGCAGCUGGGGACCCUGGUCGCAUCCAAGUGCUUGCUCGAGGACUUGCGGCGGUGGCGUUGCCAGCCAGACCCGAGAGUGCCUCGACCGAGAUGACUACAAUAACGACAGAUGUACCGGCGCGAGGAAGAGAUUCUUCUCCUGCAAUAUCCAGCCAUGCCCAGGAGAACAAAAGGAUUUUCGAGCCGAGCAGUGCGCGGAAUUCAACAACAAACCUUUUGAGGGAGUGUACUACGACUGGAUACCGUACACGGGUGGCCACAACAAGUGCGAGCUUAAUUGCAUGCCCCGAGGUGAAAGAUUCUUUUACAGGCACAGAGAGAGCGUGAUUGAUGGUACCCCGUGCAAUAUCGAGAAAAAUGACGUCUGCGUCGAGGGCAAAUGCAUGCCCGUGGGCUGUGACAUGAUGCUGGGCAGCUCGGCUCGGGAGGACGCCUGCCGCGAAUGCGGUGGUGACGGCUCCGACUGCAAUACCGUCAAGGGACUCUUCGACCAGGAUGACUUGCAGGCUGGCUACGUCGACAUCCUGCUCAUACCAGAAGGGGCGACCAACGUCGUCGUCCGCGAGAUCAGACCCUCCAAUAAUUAUCUCGCUAUCCGAAACACGACCGGCCACUACUACUUGAACGGCAACUGGAGGAUAGACUUUCCGCGAAGCCUUCGGUUCGCCGGCACGAUUUUCCAUUACAGCCGAGACCCGCAGGGAUUUUCAGCGCCGGACACGAUAACGUGCCUUGGUCCGACCUCCGAGGCUAUCUACGUAGUGCUUCUCUACCAAGAUCACAACGUCGGCGUGGAUUACCAGUACAGCAUGCCCAAGAAGUUUUCCCAACAAUCGGACCCCGACAGCUACACCUGGGUCGCCGACGAGUUCUCGACUUGCAGCACUUCCUGCGGAGGAGGUUACCAGUCCCGGCGGGUGAGCUGCGUGAAACGUCGCACGAAUGAGGAAGCCGACGAGAAGCUGUGCGACCCGAUGCUCGAGCCCGUGGAUACGCAAGCCUGUGGCAAUGAGCCCUGUCCGCCCCAGUGGGUGGCCUCGGACUGGUCGAACUGCAGCAAGCCCUGCGGCGAGGGCGGCGAGCAAACGCGCGAAAUCAAGUGCGAGCAGAUAGUCUCGGGUGGCGUGCCGACCAUCGUCGACGAGAACCAGUGCAUCGAGCGCCUUGGACCGAAGAACGUCACUAAGCAACAGUGCAACAAGGACGUCGAGUGCCCCCAGUGGCAUCUGGGACCCUGGAAACCGUGCGAUCACCUGUGCGGAGAAGGCAAACAAACGAGAAAGGUAACUUGCUACAGGAAAAACGAAGAAGGAAAGGUGCAAGUGUUGGAAGAUUCAGCCUGCCAGGGAGAAGUUCCCGAAAAGGAAAAAGCUUGCGAAUUGAGGCCCUGCGAAGGAGUCGACUGGGUUGUAUCUCCAUGGAGCGGCUGCACGGACAAAUGCGGUCUCACCCAAGAGACAAGAACAGUACAGUGCGCCACGCAAGGUGGCAAGGUUUAUCCGGACGACAUGUGUGACAGCGAGAAGAAACCAGAAUCAACAAAAGAAUGUGAGAGUUCGCAGAACUGCGAAUAUCAGUGGAUAAAAACCCAGUGGAGCAAGUGUUCUGCGCAAUGUGGCACCGGAAUACAAACUCGUAAAGUCUUUUGCGCGACGUUCGAAGACGAAGAUACCAUGAAAAAAGUUCCGGACAGCAAGUGCGAAGCAGAAGAAAAGUUCAACACCACUCGGGAAUGUACGACUAAGAGCGAGGACUGCAAGGGCGAAUGGUUCGCUGGACCGUGGAGUAAAUGUUCGAAACCAUGCGGCGGCGGAGAGAGCACUCGUAAAGUUAUUUGCCUGAAAGACAACAAGACUGUACCUUCUGAUCAAUGCGAUUACCAAACAAUCAUGGAUGAAACUGAAGCUUGCAACACCAAAGCAUGUGAAGAAGACGAAGUACUUCCAGUGGAACCAAGCAAAGUAACAGCUUUAGUCCCAGACGAAGAAGAAGAGUGCGAGGAUGAAGAGGAAGAAGACUUUGUAACAAUCGAUAGUCGCUUUAACACGGACGAAUCGGAAGAAUCAUCGGACAUGACGGAAACCUCUCCUCUGAGCUCCCCACUCGCAUCUGACAGCACUGACAUGUUCAGCAGUACUUUGGAGGACAGAAUGUACAGUGAUGGAAUAAGCCGAGGUGACGUUUCUGUCCCGACGGAUAGCGGUAGUGGUUCGACUAGCAGCGAUGAUGACGAAUUUUCUGUUCCGAUAUUAACAACUCUUGAAGGUAGUGGUACUUCACCCGAUGAAUUCGAUAUGCUUACAACUAUUUCGGGAUCAUCUGCUGAUACUACUGCAACGGGAUCGUCUGAAGAUAUCACUGAAGGCUCUGGAACGACUGAAUCAGCAGUUACAGAAACUGGUUUCAGUGCUUCUGGCGAAACAGUGGCGAACUCUGGUGCCACUGAAGUAUGGACCGAUGGAACGACUAGUGGAGUAACCGAGCAAUCAUCUGAUCAAACCACUGAACAAUCUAUCGAACAAGCAACUGAACAAUCAACGGAUAACACUUCCGCUGCAUCGAGCACGGAAGAAUCAACUAGCGAUACUGAAGUUACCAGCGAUAGCUCGGCAAUGACAACGGACUCAAGUACUGAUUCGAGUGUGUCUUCAUCGGAUACAACUGAUUCAGAGAGUACAGAACCCACUGACACGACCCGCACAUCUGAUACUGAAAGUACGGAGGCUACUUCUGACAGCAGCGCUUCCACCGAUUCCAGUACCAUGGCUAGCGCAAUUUCUGAAACCACCUUCGAGUCAUCGACAGAGCCCAAUACAGAAUCAUCAGGAGCUUCUAGCGAUGCUGGAGUAUCAACAGAAUCUAGCGGAAGUGAAACUACCGAGGGAUCAGUCGAAAGCUCCGGAUCUACGGAAGCUGUCACCGGGGAAUCUGGAGAAACGACCGUGGCUGAAACUGAUGUGACAGAAGCAUCCAGCGAUACGUCGGAAUCAUCGACCUUAGUGAGCGGAGAAACGCAGACAGUUGAAUCUGUAACAUCUGAUACAACGGAGUUCGGUGCUACGGAAACUGGUGCUACAGAAACUGGCGCUACAGAAACUGAAGCUACAGAAACUGGAGCUACUGAAACAGGGGCUACGGAAUCCAGCGAUGUUACUGAAUCUGGAGCAACACAGCAAUCAACUGUUGAAGGCACCAGUGAAUCCGGCAUGACCACCGAAUCUGGGGAGACUGAAGCCACCAGCGAGUACAGCACGAUCGGUGCCACCGACGAAACAACUGAAAGCGGAGUUUCAACGGCUACUGAGGAAACUGACUUGACAGGACAAUCCGAAAUUAUGGACUUGUUUACUACACCGAGUGCCGUCGACAAAGCUAUCACCAUCGAACAUCGCCUCAAGAAAUGCAAACCAAAGAAAAAGAAGACGUGCAAGACCACUGAAUUCGGUUGCUGUUAUGAUGGUGUUACUGCAGCACAAGGACCAUUUGGUAAAGGUUGUCCAACUCCUCAUACCUGCCAAGAAACUAAAUAUGGUUGCUGUCCUGACGGAGUUUCACCAGCCGCUGGACCUAAAUUCCAGGAUUGUCCCGAUCAGCACUGCGGUGAGACACUAUUUGGCUGUUGCCAAGACGGUGUUACUCCAGCUGAAGGCAAUGAUUUCGAAGGAUGCAAGAUACCUUGCAAUCAAACUGAAUUUGGUUGCUGUCCUGAUGAGGAAACUCCUGCUAGUGGUAAAAACAAUCUUGGGUGCUGCAAUACUACCGAGUUUGGAUGUUGCCCUGAUGGCACCAAAUUCGCAUCUGGAAAAGAUGGAAAAGGAUGCGAAGAGGAAGCCGAAACUGAUACCCCUAUCGAGACAACGACACUUGCGCCAGGUGAUUGUUCUAACUCUACUUACGGUUGUUGCCCUGACGGACAGAAAACUGCAAACGGAACUAACUUUGAGGGGUGCGGCGUUAUCAACACCAAAAACUGCACUGCCUCUUACUUUGGAUGCUGUCCAGACAACAUCACCGCUGCUCUUGGACCAAACAACACAGGCUGUCACUUGCCAUGCGACAACACAACCUACGGAUGCUGCGAUGAUAACGAAACUCCGGCUCACGGGCCUAACAAGGAGGGCUGCUGCUUAUCAAGCCAAUACAAAUGCUGUCCCGAUAACAUUUUGCCAGCUCGUGGACCGAACUUCUACGGCUGUGGCUGUCAAUACUCCAAAUUUAGAUGCUGCCCCGACAACACAACUGCCGCUCGAGGCCCGAACAACGAGGGCUGCGGCUGUCAGUACACACCACAUGGCUGCUGCCCGAACAGAUUCACACCGGCCACCGGACCGAACUAUGGUGACUGUCCCUGCUACACUUAUCAAUUCGGCUGCUGUCCUGAUGGCGUUACCAUUGCCAAAGGACCUCACGGUCAAGGUUGCGGCUGCGAAAAUACGGAGUUCAAGUGCUGCUCGGACGGAAGAACUCCCGCUAAAGGUCCAAACUUUGCCGGCUGUACUUGCGACGCUUCUAAGUACGGCUGCUGCCCUGAUGGAAUUGAGGAGGCUCAGGGUGAGAACUUCGAAGGAUGUCUAAAGGUGCCCUCGAUUCCGAGCGCCGCUUGUGCUCUACCCCGCGACCGAGGCACUUGCCGCGAAUUCACCGUCAAGUGGUUCUACGACACCGAAUACGGAGGCUGCUCGAGAUUCUGGUACGGCGGCUGCGAGGGUAAUGACAAUCGAUUCAAAACCCAGGAGGAAUGCAAAGCCAUUUGCGUUGAGCCUAAAGGAAAAGACGUUUGCUACUUGCCCAAGAUUACUGGUCCAUGCGAAGGAUACCACCCGACUUGGUAUUACGACACCGAUAGGAAGCAGUGCGGUCAAUUUAUUUACGCUGGCUGUCUUGGAAACGGUAACAGAUUCAAGUCUCGCGAGGAAUGUGAAGAACGUUGUGCGGAGCCUGCUGAUGCCGAUCCUUGCACUCUACCCCAAGAAGUUGGUCCUUGCGAAGGAAACUUCACAAGAUGGUACUUCAAUAAAGAAAGUCAGAAUUGCGAAGUCUUCAAGUAUGGAGGUUGCAAAGGUAAUCAUAACAACUAUCCAUCCGAGGUGGCUUGCCGUCAACAGUGCCUACAGCCUGGUCGCAGUCGCGAAUCAUGUUCGCUGCCAAGAGCGGAGGGUAACUGCACGGACAAGUUUUCGCGUUGGUACUUUGAUCAGCAGGAGAAUCGUUGCAUGCCAUUUUAUUACACUGGAUGUGGUGGAAAUAAAAAUAACUUUGGCUCUAGAGAUGCAUGCGAAUCUGAUUGUCCACCUAAGAUUGAGCAAGACAUCUGUCUCCUGCCGGCUCUCCUUGGCGAGUGUCACAAUUACACUCAGCGCUGGUACUUCGAUUCCUACGAGCAGAGAUGCAGACAGUUCUACUACGGUGGAUGCGGUGGCAACGACAACAAUUUCCAAACAGAACACGACUGCCAGAACAGAUGCGAAGGUCCAGUCAGUACACCUACUCCCCCGGAAGUUGAAUUCCGAUCCGACUUCUGCUUCUUGCCUGACGAGCGCGGUCCAUGCCAGAACUACCAGAACAAAUGGUUCUACGACAGCCGCGAGGGAAUUUGCAAGCAGUUUGUGUACGGCGGCUGCUCCAGCAACGGAAACAACUUCAACUCGCGCGAGGAGUGCGAGUACAGAUGCGGUGAAGUUCAAGACCCGUGCACGAUGCCGGUACUCGUCGGCCCGUGCAACGGCUCGAUGCCGCAGUUCUACUACGACCGCAGCGCCGACGCCUGCUACCAGUUCGACUACAGCGGCUGCCAGGGCAACAAGAACCGGUUCCAGGACAUCCGCAGCUGCGAGCACCGCUGCCGCAAGCGUCCAGCCGUUCCGGCCACUCCGGCUUCCACCAGACUCCCGGCAAGCAACGAGCCCCUCAGUCCAGGCUGCCUCGAGCCCGUGGAGGCUGGACCCUGCGACGGCGAGAUCACCGCCUACUUCUACGACAAGGACGCCGGCAAGUGCCAGGCCUUCAUCUACGGAGGCUGCGAGGGCAACGCCAACCGCUACGAGACCGAGGAACAGUGCGAGCGACUCUGCGGACAGUUCCGCGAGCAGGACAUCUGCCAUCUUCCGGUCGACCAGGGCCCUUGCCGAGGCUCCUUCCCCAAGUUCUACUACGACCAGGCUUCUCGAAUUUGUCGUGAAUUCACUUAUGGCGGCUGCGACGGAAAUGCUAAUCGGUUCAGCUCGCGCAACGAGUGCGAAUCCGUUUGCAUUCAUCACGAGGAACCCACUCAAUCUGGCAACAAAACAGCACUCUCCGACUUGACAAUCUGCAAAGAGCCUGUUGAUAUCGGCUCUUGCUCUGUUGGAAAUUACAAGAGAUUCUAUUAUGACGACGAGUAUCAAACAUGCAGAGCGUUUAUUUACACCGGUUGCGGUGGAAAUCGUAACAACUUCAAGACUAUCGAUUCUUGUCUUAAAGUUUGUCGUCAAAUAAACGCAAUCCCCGAUGACGAACAAGACACGAAAGAUCCCUGCGCCGAAGCAACCGAACACUGCCACCAACUCCACUGCCCGUACGGUCAGGAAGACUACGUCGAUUCACAAAACUGCCAACGCUGCCGCUGCAACGAACCUUGCCAAUCAGUCCAAUGCCCCGAAGGAACCAAAUGUGCCGUAACGCUCGUCGGUUCCCGGGACGGCACCGCAUACAGAGGCAUUUGCAACCCUGUGACGAAACCCGGCAAAUGUCCAGUAGUGUCCAACAGUACGCGAUGCGAAAUAGAAUGUUACACGGACGCCGACUGCUCCGGCGAGCAGAAGUGCUGCCGAAGUGGACCCUGCACCUCGUGCCUGAAUCCAGCGACGGAAGAGGUGAUCGCCACUCCACCGCCUUACGCGCCUAGUGAACAAGAGGCGAUACCACCUGGAGCUGCGCCAGCCAAGAUCGAGCAACCGGAAUCACCGAACGUCAGCGCACAAGAGGGUGGCUACGUGACUAUGCGUUGUGUUGUCAUCGGCACACCUACGCCAAUCAUCGUUUGGAGAAAGGACGCCAAAAUUAUCGGCUCGAACGAGAACAGACGACGACUGCUUAACGACGGAUCGUUGCAAAUCAUCAAUCUCUACCCAUAUGACAAGGGUCUCUACGUUUGCACUGCUGAUAACGGCAUCGGCUCGCCAGUUAGGAUCGAAUAUCAAUUGGACGUUCUCGAGCCUACCGACACUUCACCGGGUAUAAUCGACGAACCUAACCGAGCGAUCACCGUGACUCUGAACUCGCCAACGGUGCUGCAUUGCUACGCUGUCGGUUGGCCCAGGCCGACCGUUACCUGGUGGCGUAACGACAGCAUGCUUCCUCUCUCGUCCGAGCACUACGAGCAAGAAUCUGACAACACUCUGCGUAUUCGAUCGGUAACACUGAGCAACCUGGGCGUUUACACCUGUCACGCAUUCAACGGUAUCGGUAAGCCAGCCGAGUGGUCGACGAUUCUUCAAGCCAUCGGACCAGUAGCCAAUAUACGACCCGACCAGGAACAGUACAGGAAGUACCUGGUUCAAGCGCCACAGAGACCAGAGAGACCGUCCUAUCCUUACAGACCGAACAGAACGCAGAUUCACGAAAACCAGACUUACGCGCCGAUCUACACCACCAGGCGCUAUAAUAUCCCUGGCGUUGUGCCGAUUAACGUAACUACGCCCGCGCCUGAAGUUAAUUAUGCAUCGCCUGUUCGCGUCAAUGUGUCAGCGUCGCAAGUACAGUUCCCAGAAGGUGGUCCAAUCAAGCUCUAUUGUAAUGUUACCGGAUCGCCAACUCCCCGUGUAACAUGGUACAAGAAUGACGAGCCCAUCCAAGUUGACGAACGCACUCGAAUUUCUGAGUCCAACGAACUGACAAUUUCGCCAGCGAAUUCCAAUGACACCGGUACCUACCGCUGCGAAGGAGUUAACCAGCAUUCGACCAGCUCAGAAAGCGUGGACAUUCGCGUAGCCGGUAUUUACAUCGAUCCUCUUUGCCAGGACAAAGUACACUUAGCCAAUUGCAGUCUCAUCGUUGCAGCGAGAUACUGCCAGCACGAGUACUACGCGAAAUUCUGCUGUCGUUCGUGUACAGAAGCUGGACAACUGCCAUCAAGAGUCGUACCCCCAUACGCCGAUAAUCAGAGAGCCAAAAGGUCACUUUUUUCAUUUCUGUAAAGAACCUGGAUGUUAAACGCGUGACUAGUUUUUCUCGAAUGCCAAAGCUGCGUACUUUUGAAGAGGAGGAGAAAGGAAAAUCAAAAUAGUUCUAAUUCCGGUGCCCGAAUUGACUAAAACUUUGUUAUGCCCAGUACAGAGCAUGAUGGAAACUCGAUUUUAGCACACUGCCAAAGCCUUGGCUCGUCUAUACAUAGGGAGCAGUGAUUAUAAUAUAGUUCCGAACAAAUUUUUAAAGAAACAAUUUUAAGUUGUCGUUAUGAUAAAUAUAUACUACAAUCUAGCAUUAUGUUUAUAAACGUAUAUAAAAGUAUGCACCUAUAUAUAGACUGAUCUAAUGCUGAUUCCUAGUCUAACGGGCCGGUUUUGUAAGGGAAACUAAGCCCUACGAGGCUACCAGAAACUGCCUCAAUAACAGAAUUUACAAAAUUUUCAUGAUCUUAACAAUCAUCAGUCGCCACAGAAGUUACAGUAACUAGAAAGUAGACCUAUCAAAGUAUAAAUAUUAAAAGCACGUUUUUGGUCUAAAUGAAUAAAACCAGCAUCAGAAUUUGACCAAUUAUACAAUGGAUUGUAAAGCAAACAUAAAGCUGUAGCUCAAAAAAGCGUGCUAUUAAUUGUUCACCUUCAAAGUAAAAAGAGUAACGCAAAUGUAAAUUUGUCGAACUUUACGGUAGAUAAUGUAGUAUAAUCAGUGUACCUUUCCCAUACAUCUCAGAUAAUAGAUAUGAUAAGAUAUUCAUAGACUAAUUUUGUCUUGAAUUAUUAUACUGGCAUAACUUGCAGUGAAACAUUGAAUUGAGAGAAUAGUACAACAUAAAAAUAAUUUUUGCAUUUUUUUAUUUUUUGCGAUUUUUAGGUGAUUUAAAGAAUCUUUUCUAAUUUCAUACUUUUGGUAAUUGAUUCAUUAUAUGAUUAGGGUCUUAGCCCUUAUACUGUUUGCAAUGGAGACAAGUAAAUCAGUUAUAAAAUUGUUUUGAAUAGAAAACAGAUAUUAAUAUUCUUAAUGAUAUUUUUGGCGCGCUCUAUGUCAGUACCAAUAAUUUACUCCGACAAAUGUUUUAUAUUCUUUGAGAUGCGUGUUGAGGUAUAGACAUUUAUAUGCGUUAAGCUUACGGCCAUGUUAUAUUGUAAAGUAUUAAAUAGUUUUAUUGAGUAAUAACUUUAUGCGCAUAACUUUUUGCUAUUUGCUAUAUUGUCAGAAGUAUAAUAUUAAUAUUUUUAUUAUAUUGUGUUCUAACUAUACGUGAAGAUUUUAACGAAUACUCUUUUAUAUCGUUGCUGGACACACGAUAAUGCGUUCUAUCGAUCCAUAAUCGCAAGAAUGACAUUACAAGAAGUAAAUCCUUGAUUCCGUAAGGAACGUUGUGUCUGUACAGUUUUAAUAUACACAUGCGUAAUCAAUUUACUGAAACAAGAAGCUCAAUUAAGACAUGCCAAUGUUACAUCUGCUAUUGUGUUCCUUAUUCAUCGAUAGUACAGUCAUACUUUCUUUUGGUAAAGGUUUUCUGUGACAAGCUUCUUUUGCAUAUAUCAUGAAAUAUCAUCAGUGUAAAUUGGAAAAUAGCAACCACUAAUAUCUGCUGUUAAAUUUAUUAAUUAUAUAUCGUAUAAUAUUUAUCAUAUUUCUUUAAGUUUGUAAUUAUAUCAUUUACCCGUUUUAAAACUAAAAAUAGAUUAAUAUUGUGAUUAAUAUUCCGGUUUACACUGAGAUUGAGGCAUUUAAACUUAGAAAAAUCGAAUGAUUUUUGCAGUAUGAUUAUUAUUCAUUUAAUAUUGUAUUCUAGCAAAUUUAAUUACCUUAUUCCAUUUCAGUCACGAAUCAUGUGCCUUAUUAGAAAAGAUAAGGAAAUGCCGUUGAAAGAUUACCGAAUGUUGCGAGUCGAAUUUUUAUUAAUUUAAAUAUAACUAAUAUACAUAGAUCCUUAAUUUAAGAAUAUAUAGAUUUUUCUAGAAUUAUCUUAUUUCAUACUUAUCUAUUAUUAUGUGAGAAAUAAAUUUUGUAUGGCAUUUUUUACUCGAAAACAUUCGGAACUCUUUUUAAGGUUUUCUUGUUCUUAAUUAUAUAAUUAAAAAGAGAGCAGUGACCAUAUUAAUUAUAAUAAAAUGUAGAUGUAGAAUUACUAAAAAGAACUUGUAUAAACCGAUCUUCCAAAUCUAAUCUACUGACGUUAAACUUUUAGCGGAACUAUUUUAUACUUUCUUUUACUUUUGUACGAAUCCGCGACUGGUGUAGAAAAUAGUCAUUUAUACAUCGAACUUUAAAUCCAAAAAUUACGUUUGAAUCAUUCCCGAGUUUAAAAGACAUUAACAUAUCGAUAGUGCUGCGCGAAACAGCAAAAUAUCAAUGGAAAUCAAUUAAAUGUUAUGUCGUAAUAAUAUAUGAUAAUAAUGUAUAUUAAACGAUAUUAGUUUUUAUAAAUCCGUAAUAUCGAACAGACCGCACACACGCAGCGAAACAUUUGACAAAAGAAGGAUCAGUUUGUCUCUCGCACACCGGGAACUUACCUCGCGUAUCGAUAUUCGUAUCUUAAUGAGAGAAAUCUGUAUCUACCUGCAGUUUUCUGCUUUCACUACGACACGCAGAGUGUAACAAUCAAUUGAAUUGCUUUGCUCAAUAAAUAAUCAUAUCUAUGCGAUAUAAAUAUAAUUUAAGAAUUUUAAAACAACGAUAAUGCGGAUUUUUAAAGACGAUAAAUAGCGAUAUACACACACGUUGCAUUUUCCAAAAACAGCGAAGACAAAAAAUUGAGAGAAGAUUGGAGAUGCUGCAAAUGACAAAGGAAAAUAUAAGAAUCAUAUCUCAAAAAUAUUAUCGUUAGUUGUAUGGAUUGUCACUUCAGUGCUAUCGUAAAUCUUUUAGCAACAAAUCUUUAUUGUAAUUGUUAGUGUUUUAGAAUAAGGAUUAAUAUAUGAUUCUAUGAUGAGAUAUAUAUAUAGGCAUGACAUGAAUGAAUGCCUGCAUUGUAAGAAUAUAUAUAUAUAUUGUAUGGACAAUAAUAUUAUUUAAGGUCCCUAAAUACAGAAUUAAACUUAACUCAGCCCGCUC